AUGUCAGGCUCUUCCUGGCUCCUCCUCAGCCUGGUUGCUGUAACUGCUGCUCAGUCCACCAGUGACGAAGAGGCAAAGACAUUUUUGGAGAAGUUUAACUCUGAAGCUGAAGAGCUGUCUUAUCAAAGUUCACUUGCUUCUUGGAAUUAUAACACCAAUAUUACCGACGAGAAUGUCCAAAAGAUGAAUGUUGCUGGGGCCAAAUGGUCCACCUUUUAUGAAGAACAGUCCAAGAUUGCCAAAAAUUAUCAACUACAAAAUAUUCAGAAUGACACAAUCAAGCGUCAAUUGCAGGCCCUUCAGCUAAGUGGGUCAUCAGCACUCUCAGCAGACAAGAACCAACGAUUGAACACAAUUCUAAAUACAAUGAGCACCAUCUAUAGCACCGGGAAAGUCUGUAACCCAGGUAAUCCACAGGAGUGCUCAUUACUUGAACCAGGUCUGGAUAACAUAAUGGAAAGUAGCAAAGACUACAAUGAGAGGCUCUGGGCUUGGGAAGGCUGGAGGUCUGAGGUUGGCAAGCAGCUGAGGCCAUUAUAUGAAGAGUAUGUGGUCCUGAAAAAUGAGAUGGCGAGAGCAAACCAUUAUGAGGAUUACGGGGAUUAUUGGAGAGGAGAUUACGAAGCGGAGGGGGCCAAUGGCUAUAACUAUAGCCGCGACCACCUGAUUGAAGAUGUGGAACAUAUCUUUACACAGAUUAAACCAUUAUACGAACAUCUUCAUGCUUAUGUGAGGGCAAAGCUGAUGGACAACUACCCUUCCCAUAUCAGCCCAACUGGAUGCCUUCCUGCCCAUUUGCUUGGCGAUAUGUGGGGUAGAUUUUGGACAAAUCUGUACCCUUUGACGGUUCCCUUUCGACAGAAACCAAACAUAGAUGUUACUGAUGCAAUGGUGAACCAGACCUGGGAUGCAAACAGGAUAUUCAAGGAGGCUGAGAAGUUCUUUGUAUCUGUUGGCCUUCCUAAAAUGACUCAGACAUUCUGGGAAAACUCCAUGCUAACUGAGCCAGGAGAUGGCCGGAAAGUGGUCUGCCACCCGACAGCGUGGGACCUGGGGAAGCACGACUUCAGAAUCAAGAUGUGCACAAAGGUGACAAUGGAUGACUUCCUGACAGCCCAUCAUGAGAUGGGACACAUCCAGUAUGACAUGGCCUAUGCCAUGCAGCCCUACCUGCUAAGAAACGGAGCUAACGAAGGGUUCCAUGAGGCUGUUGGGGAGAUCAUGUCACUUUCCGCAGCUACACCCAAGCAUUUGAAAAACAUUGGUCUUCUGCCUCCUGACUUUUAUGAAGACAAUGAAACAGAAAUAAAUUUCCUACUCAAACAAGCACUCACAAUUGUUGGAACUCUACCAUUUACUUACAUGUUAGAAAAGUGGAGGUGGAUGGUCUUUAGUGGCCAAAUUCCCAAAGAGCAGUGGAUGAAAAAGUGGUGGGAGAUGAAGCGAGAGAUAGUCGGGGUGGUGGAACCUGUGCCCCAUGAUGAGACAUACUGUGAUCCUGCGUCUCUGUUCCACGUUGCUAAUGAUUACUCAUUCAUCCGAUAUUACACAAGGACCAUUUAUCAGUUCCAGUUUCAAGAAGCCCUUUGUCAGACUGCUAAACAUGAAGGUCCUCUGCACAAAUGCGAUAUCUCAAAUUCCGCUGAAGCUGGGCAGAAGCUGCUUCAAAUGCUGAGCCUUGGAAAAUCAAAACCCUGGACCUUAGCAUUGGAACGUGUUGUGGGAACCAAGAACAUGGAUGUCAGACCACUGCUCAACUACUUUGAGCCCUUGCUUACCUGGCUGAAAGAGCAGAACAAGAAUUCCUUUGUGGGAUGGAACACCGACUGGAGUCCAUAUGCCGCCCAAAGCAUCAAAGUGAGGAUAAGCCUGAAGUCAGCUCUCGGGGAAAAAGCGUAUGAAUGGAACGACAGUGAAAUGUACUUGUUCCGGUCAUCUGUUGCAUAUGCCAUGAGAGAGUAUUUCUCAAAAGUCAAAAAACAGACGAUUCCUUUUGAGGAUGAGUGCGUGAGGGUGAGUGACCUGAAACCCAGGGUUUCCUUCAUCUUCUUCGUCACUUUACCUAAAAAUGUGUCUGCCGUCAUUCCCAGAGCUGAAGUCGAAGAGGCCAUCAGGAUAUCCCGGAGCCGUAUCAAUGAUGCUUUCCGCCUGGAUGACAACAGCCUGGAGUUUCUGGGUAUCCAGCCGACACUGCAGCCCCCGUACCAACCACCUGUCACCAUAUGGCUGAUUGUUUUUGGGGUUGUGAUGGGAGUGGUAGUGGUUGGUAUUGUCGUGCUCAUCUUCACCGGGAUCAGAGAUCGGAAAAAGAAAGAUCAAGCAAGAAGUGAACAGAAUCCUUAUGCCUCUGUAGACUUGAGUAAAGGAGAAAAUAAUCCAGGAUUCCAAAAUGUUGAUGAUGUUCAGACUUCGUUUUAGAAAAAUCUAUUUGAUUUCCUCUUGAGGUGAUUUUAUGGGCAACAGGUCUAAAGAGGGGAGAAGAAUCCAAAGAGCUGUUAGCAGACUUUCACCUCGUUUCCAAGCUGCUUGAUCAUCAUCUCCAUGACAACGUAAAACUAGCGCCAGGGGCGUCCGUGAGCACCUCCCCCACCACCCAUAGCAAGCCUGAUAGAAACUCAUUUCCAUUGUUCUCUACCCCUGGAAUGAAUAGAAAGCCCAACUGAAUGUCACCCUCUCAAAUGGGCACCUGAUCUCUUCAACCUUUUGUAUUCACCUGCAGUGUGAGUAGUGCUGGGCACAGAGCAGACACUAAUAAAUAUGUACUAGAUUUA